AUGUCUCUUGUGCCGUAUUGGUUGCGCCAUUUGAGAAAUCUCACAUACCGGGAUCCCUUCAUGAGGGUUUUGGAGGAUCCGUUCACGGUGUUCAACAAGGACCCGUUUUUCCGUGACCCCGUAAAAUAUAUCAAGCAAGUGACGACUCCUUUGGAGGGCGAGCCUCAUGGAAUCGAAGGUGUCUACUCCGAUUCAGAGGUAAAGAUCGACGGAAAGAAGGUUGAAGUGCAUUUGGACGUUCAGAACUUUACGCCAGAACAAAUCCAGGUCAAGACGGUUGGUAACGAGAUCAUGGUAGAAGGGAAGAAAGAGAUUAAACGAGAGGAAGGCUGGACCAAGAGCCACUUCGAGAGACGGUUUCUUCUUCCAGAUGGAUUCCCUCCAGAGCGCGUAGAGUGCCAUCUCGACAAAGGCAAGCUGAAGCUGGUAGCGUUCCGAUCAGAACCAUUGCAAGAAAGGACAAUUCCGAUCCAAGAUAAAACCAGCGACACUGGAAAAUCGUAA